AUGGUUGAAUGGACCUCGCCCCACUCAGGUAGACUGCUGGGCACACACUCUGCAGGAACGCCCACCAUCCUCAUUGCCUCGACAGGAUGGGGCAAAACCUCGGCCUUCUUUGGCCCCAUCCUCGUUCUGCGCCAUCUCAUCAAGAAUCCACGACCCAAUCUCAACAUACCAAGGCUGCCUCGGAAACCUGUGGCUUUGGUGGUGACACUGUUGAUUGAGCUGGGAUACGCCCAUUCUCUGGAAAUCAAGGAGUACGGCCUUAAGGCCAUUUGUCUGACAGCCGAAUCGUUGCAUGCAGCAUCGAAGGAGGGCCGGAACCUCUUGCAGGAGAUUCGUCGAUGCGAGUGGUCCAUCGUAUUGCUGUCUGCGGAGCGCCUCGUAUCCCGCGAAGUCGACACCAUCUUGCGAGACAGUAACUUCCAAGCAAACCUCAUUGUUUUUGGCAUCAACAAGACCCAUCUUCUUGUUCCGUGGGGCAAAGACUUCCGCAAAGUGUAUCGCCAAAUCGCACUCCUUCGGUUCCGUCUUCCCGACCACACUGCGCUCGUUGCCGCUUCAGCCACACUUUCCGAAGAGGAUGACUAUGUUGCCCUCCUUGCCGCACUCAAGCUCGACGCCAACGAGGUUCACUGCAUUCGGCUUUCCUGCAAGCGACCAAAUGUGCGCGCCGUCUUCCGCUAUCUCUCACACACCCUCGGCAGCUACCAAUUCCCCGACACUAAGUAUUGA